CUCAAAACCAUGAUUUUCAGGAAUCCUCGGUUUUUAACCCAUCCAACUACUAAUAAUAAUUCCCUUCGGGCUCCUAUUGUGGUUAUAGUCCAUACUUCUCCCCUCCACCUCUCAUCUCUUGUCUUUUCAAUUUUCCCCAUCCCCACAUCAUCUGCUGAAGGUAUCCUUGAAUUGUGUGUAUUUUCUUUUUCUUUUCUUCUCUUACUUUUUUUUAUUACUACUACAUUCUCAGGAGAUCAGCAUCUGACCUGCCGUCUCGUGGCGUUUGGAACGCAUCCCCAGAGAUUCGACUAGUCCCCUACUUUCCUAAGUUUCUUUCUUUCUUUUUUUUAUUUAAUUUUUUUUAUUUAUUUAAAUUAAACAUUUUCUUUUUAUUUCCCUUUGGUUAAAUUAUUUUUCCUCUUUUUCUUAAUUUUUUUUUUUUAUCUUUU